UUCAUCUAUUCUCUCCCCCCUUUUCUUCUAUCCUUCAUUCACUUAAUGCACAGACCUGGAAUGCUGUAGAAAGAAGAGAACGCGAAUUUAUGAGUUCUUUAAUCCCAGACAGGCAGCUCUGUGGCAGUUACCUUCAAGAAAAGUUCACGCCCCAAAGGAGUGUUUAGUUUUACAGAGCCACUGACUCACUGAGCAGCGCAUGUGAGUGGCUGAGAGGGAGAAGGGGAGAGAUGAAGGAAAAGUUUUCCUUUCUCGUGCAACUCGUAAUAUUAUUGUUUUAAGACGUUUUUGAAAAGAUGACUGCUACUUUUGUUUAAAGUAUUUGUUCUGGAAUUGCUGAAGCUGGAGUCUACCAGACUGAGGUCAGGAGCAUUUUCUUUGGCAGAAAGAAGAUACUUUUAUAGAAGCCAUGCCUGUACUUGGGGUUGCCUCCAAGUUAAGACAGCCAGCCGUAGGGUCAAAGCCUGUUCACACUGCCCUCCCAAUACCCAACCUUGGCCCUGCUGGCUCACAGCAGUAUUCGUCAAAGUCUUUGGAGCUUACUGGGGCGGAGAGCUCGAUGCUUUCUUGUCAGCUUACAUUAAAGUCGACCUGCGAUUUUGGAGAGAGGAGAGCACUUCAAGGAAAAACCCAGGAGAUUGAAGAUAGCAAGAUUUACACUGACUGGGCUAACCACUACCUAGCAAAAUCUGGCCACAAGCGGUUGAUCAAGGAUUUGCAACAGGACAUUGCAGAUGGAGUUCUGCUAGCAGAAAUCAUCCAGAUCAUCGCAAAUGAAAAGGUUGAAGAUAUCAAUGGCUGUCCCCGGAGCCAGUCUCAAAUGAUUGAGAAUGUUGAUGUCUGCCUUAGCUUUCUGGCAGCCAGAGGCGUAAAUGUCCAAGGUCUUUCUGCAGAAGAAAUAAGGAAUGGAAAUUUGAAAGCCAUUUUAGGGCUCUUUUUCAGUUUGUCUCGGUACAAACAGCAGCAACAUCAUCAGCAACAGUACUACCAGUCUUUGGUGGAGCUACAACAGCAAGUCCCUUCACCUCCAGCUGAAAUCAGCCAGUCCAAAACGCACCAAGAUAUGCAGUCGAGUCUCACAGCCAGAUAUGCAACUCAGUCUAAUCACAGUGGAAUUGCAACCAGUCAAAAAAAGACUUCUAGGCUUCCAGGACCCUCAAGGGUGCCAGCUGCAGGCAGCAGUACCAAAGUCCAGGGAGCUUCUAAUUUAAAUCGGAGAAGCCAGAGCUUUAACAGCAUUGACAAAAACAAGCCUCCACAAUAUGCAAAUGGAAAUGAAAAAGCAGAUUCACCAAAAGGCCCUCACCCAUCUGCAGGCAUGAAUGGAAACGUGCAGCAUCCCACCAGCACCGGGCAGCAGCAGGUCUCUGCCAUACCCUCUCCAAGUGCCAGCAAGCCUUGGCGCAGCAAAUCCAUGAAUGUCAAACACAGCGCAACCUCUACCAUGCUGUCCGUGAAGCAGCCUAGUCCUGCAACCUCCCCUACUCCAUCUUCAGAGAGGCUCAAACCACCUCCUUCUGAAGGUGUGAAGCCCCCUUCAUCUGGACAAAAAUCUAUGCUGGAAAAAUUCAAGCUGGUUAAUGCUAGGACUGCUCUAAGACCUCCUUUGUCGCUGAGCUCAGGACCCAGUGACAGUGGGAGAGAGGAUGAUACUUUUUCAGAAUGUGGUGAAAUGGAUGUCUUAAGUGGUGGGGUGAACAGCGGCGGCUCCACAAGUAGCAGUCCUAAAGUAUCACCGAAGUUAACCCCUCCAAAAGCUGGAAGCAAAAAUCUCAGCAAUAAAAAGUCUUUGCUACAGCCAAAGGACAAAGAGGAAAAGAACAGGGACAAAAACAAAGUUUGCACUGAGAAAACAGUCAAGGAGGAGAAGGACCAGGUCACUGAAACAUCUACAAAGAAGAGCUCAAAAAUUGCAAGCUUAAUCCCAAAGGGAAGCAAGACGGCAGCAGCCAAGAAGGAAAGUUUAAUACCGUCUUCUAGUGGGAUCCCAAAACCUGGAUCGAAGGUGCCAACAGCAAAGCAGAGUGCUUCAUCUGUAUGCGCGGGAAGUAAGGAGGUUGAAAAACUGAGGACUACAAAAGGAAACCAGUCCCAAACAACAACAAAAUCUCAACUUAGUGAGAAGACUUCUCCUUCCUCUGGUCUUGCUUCUUCCGAAGGGAAAGAACCAAGCGCAUCUCUCAUCCCGGGGUCCUUGACGUCUCUGACGGCCUCGAUGGCUGCAAGCAGCAGCCAAGGCACAGGAAAUGGUGUUGUCCAGCUUCCUCAGCAACAGCAAUACAGUCACCCCAACACUGCCACAGUAGCUCCUUUCAUUUAUAGAACUCUCUCAGAAAAUGACAGUACCUCUUUACCACAUGCUGACUCCUGCACCAGUCCUACUAAAAUGGAUUUGUCGUUCAGUAAGACUGCCAAACAGUGCCUAGAGGAGAUAUCUGGGGAAGACCCUGAAACAAGAAGAAUGAGAACAGUAAAGAAUAUAGCAGACCUGAGACAGAAUUUGGAAGAAACUAUGUCCAGCCUUAGAGGGACCCAGAUAAGCCACAGCACAUUGGAGACAACUUUUGACAGCACUGUGACAACUGAGGUGAACGGGCGAAGCAUACCGAGCUUGACAAGCCGGUCGACCCCAGUGACUUGGAGGCUAGGGCAGGCCAGUCCUCGGCUGCAGGCAGGAGAUGCCCCGUCCCUGGGUGCUGGUUACCCUCGCAGCAGUGCAAGCCGCUUCAUACACACAGACCCUUCUCGAUUCAUGUACACCACCCCACUUCGCCGAGCAGCUGUUUCUCGCCUUGGAAAUAUCUCACAGAUUGACAUGAGUGAGAAGGGAAGUGGUGAUUUGGACAUGUCCUCUGAAGUUGACGUUGGUGGUUACAUGAGUGAUGGGGACAUUCUUGGGAAAAGCCUCAGAACCGAUGACAUCAAUAGUGGGUACAUGACAGAUGGAGGACUCAACCUAUAUACAAGAAGUCUGAACCGAAUACCAGACCUAGCUGCCUCUCGAGAUGUUAUUCAGAGAGGGGUUCAUGAUGUGACUGUGGAUGCCGACAGCUGGGAUGACAGCAGCUCAGUUAGUAGUGGCCUCAGUGACACUCUUGACAACCUCAGCACGGAUGAUUUGAAUACCACCUCAUCUGUCAGCUCUUAUUCCAAUAUAACUGCCUCUUCAAGGAAGAACACUCAUGCCCAGCUAAAGACAGACUCAGAGAAGCGCUCAGUUACAGACAGUGAAACUUGGGGCAGCACUGAAGAACUGAAGAAACCAGAGGAAGAUUUUGACAGCAGUGUAGACAGCAGUGGCAAGUGGAAAGGCCUUCCCUCAGGGCUGUCUGAAGAGUCCGAGAAAGGGGGGCAGAAAGCAUCUCUCUCUGUUUCACAGACUGGAUCCUGGAGGAGAGGCAUGACUGCACAAGUAGGAACAACUCAGUCCAGGCACAAAGCAGGAACAAGUGCACUCAAGACUCCAGGAAAAACAGAUGAUGCAAAAGCCUCAGAAAAAGUGAAAACUCCCCUAAAAGGAGCCUCCAUUCAGCGCUCUCCAUCAGAUGCAGGAAAAAGCAGCGGUGAUGAAGGAAAAAAGCCUCCCUCUGGCAUUGGUAGAUCAACUGCUACGGGGUCCUUUGGUUUCAAGAAGUCUGGGAUGGGAUCUUCUACCAUAAUCACCACAAGUGGAGCGACCAUCACAAGUGGAUCAGCGACUCUAGGAAAAAUUCCAAAAUCUUCAGCCAUUGGCGGGAAGUCCAAUGCAGGACGGAAAACAAGCUUAGAUGGUUCCCAGAACCAGGAUGAUGGUGUCCUGCAUGUGAACUCGAAGACAACCCUGCAGUAUCGAAGUUUGCCUCGCCCAUCAAAAUCCAGCGGCAGCGGGAUCCCUGGCAGAGGUGGCCACCGCUCCAGCACCAGCAGCAUCGACUCAAACGUCAGCAGCAAGUCUGCAGGUGCUGCUGCCACCAAACUGCGAGAGCCAAGCAAGAUUGGGUCUGGGCGGUCCAGCCCUGUCACUAUUAACCAGACGGACAAGGAAAAAGAGAAAGUGGCCGUGUCUGACUCCGAGAGCGUCUCAUUGUCCAGUUCCCCCAAAUCCAGCCCAACUUCAGCAAGCGCCUCUGGCACACCUGGACUUAGACAGCCGGGAUCCAAAUACCCAGAUAUCGCCUCCCCCACCUUUCGAAGGUUGUUUGGUGCCAAGGCAAGUGGUAAAGCUGCCUCUGCACCCAGUACUGAAGGUGUGAAACCCACAUCGGCCAUGCCCAGCCCUAGUACCACCUUGGCACGGCAAGGCAGCCUGGAAUCGCCAUCCUCGGGCACAGGCAGCAUGGGCAGUGCAGGUGGGCAAAGUGGUAGCAGCAGCCCCCUCUUCAGUAAACCUUCGGACUUAAAUGCAGAUGUUGUAAGCUUAAGUCACUCCUUGGCUUCCAGUCCCGCCUCAGUGCACUCUUUCACAUCAGGUGGUCUUGUGUGGGCUGCAAACCUGAGCAGCUCUUCAGCGGGCAGUAAAGACACACCAAGUUACCAGUCCAUGACUAGCCUUCACACCAGUUCCGAGUCUAUUGACCUUCCUCUUAGCCAUCAUGGCUCUCUCUCUGGACUGACAACAAGCACUCAGGAGGUUCAGAGCCUGCUCAUGAGGACUGGAAGCGUCAGAUCUACUCUUUCGGAAAGCAUGCAGCUUGACAGAAAUACACUACCCAAAAAGGGAUUAAGGUAUACUCCAUCAUCCCGGCAGACGAGUCAGGAGGAAGGCAAGGAAUGGCUACGCUCCCAUUCAACUGGAGGCCUGCAAGACACUGGCAGUCAGUCCCCGCUUGUUUCUCCUUCAGCUAUGUCUUCAUCUGCAACUGGAAAAUAUCACUUUUCCAACCUGGUGAGUCCAACCAACCUAUCUCAGUUUAACCUUCCUGGACCCAGUAUGAUGCGUUCAAACAGCAUCCCUGCACAAGACACUUCUUUUGAUCUGUAUGAUGAUUCCCAACUGUGUGGCAGUGCUACGUCCUUGGAAGAGAGACCACGAGCGAUUAGUCAUUCAGGUUCAUUCAGGGACAGCAUGGAAGAAGUACAUGGGUCCUCAUUAUCACUUGUCUCCAGCACAUCCUCUCUCUACUCUACGGCAGAAGAAAAGGCACAUUCAGAGCAAAUUCAGAAACUACGGAGAGAGCUGGUUGCAUCGCAAGAGAAAGUUGCUACCCUUACAUCUCAACUUUCAGCAAAUGCUCAUCUAGUAGCAGCUUUUGAAAAAAGCUUGGGAAAUAUGACUGGCCGACUGCAAAGUCUAACAAUGACAGCUGAACAAAAGGAAUCUGAGCUUAUAGAGCUAAGGGAAACCAUUGAAAUGCUGAAAGCCCAGAAUUCUGCUGCACAAGCUGCUAUUCAAGGAGCCUUGAAUGGUCCCGAUCAUACCCACAAAGAUUUACGUAUAAGGAGGCAACAUUCUUCAGAAAGCGUUUCCAGCAUCAACAGUGCUACAAGCCAUUCAAGCAUUGGCAGUGGUAAUGACCCUGACUCCAAGAAAAAGAAAAAGAAAAACUGGCUAAGAAGCUCUUUCAAACAGGCCUUUGGAAAGAAGAAGUCCACCAAGCCUCCUUCCUCACAUUCGGACAUAGAAGAGCUGACAGACUCCUCUCUUCCUUCAUCACCCAAAUUGCCCCACAGCUCAGGAGAGUGUGGGACAGCAUCAAUGAAACCAUCACAGUCAGCUUCUGCGAUCUGUGAGUGUACAGAGGCAGAGGCUGAAAUUAUUCUUCAGCUAAAGAGUGAGCUGAGGGAGAAAGAGCUAAAAUUAACGGACAUUCGUCUUGAAGCCCUCAGCUCUGCACACCAUCUGGAUCAGAUUCGGGAAGCCAUGAACCGCAUGCAGAAUGAAAUUGAGAUAUUGAAAGCUGAAAAUGAUCGUUUAAAGGCAGAGACUGGAAAUACUGGAAAGCCUGCCCGGCCGUCAUCAGAGUCUUCAAGCAGCACAUCAUCUUCUUCAUCAAGGCAGUCACUAGGACUUUCUCUGAAUAAUUUAAACAUCACAGAAUCUGUUACAUCAGAUAUUUUGUUGGAUGAUGUCACUGAUGGAGCACUCCACAAAGAAGGUCAUAGCGUGAAAAUUUUAGUCACUAUAAACAAGGGCUAUAGUCAAGCCAAGGAUCAAAACCCACAUGCAUAUCUGAUAGGGUCAAUUGGAGUCAGCGGAAAAACAAAAUGGGACAUCUUAGAUGGUGUAAUCAGACGUCUCUUUAAGGAAUAUAUUUUCCGAGUGGAUCCGACUACUAGCCUGGGUUUAAGCUCUGACUGCAUUGCUAGUUAUUGUAUAGGGGACAUAAUUAGAGCCCAUAGCCUAGAAGUGCCUGAACUGCUGCCUUGUGGAUAUCUGGUUGGAGAUAAUAAUGUCAUCACUGUGAACCUGAAAGGAGUGGAAGAAAACAGUUUGGACAGUUUUGUGUUUGACACGUUAAUUCCUAAGCCAAUUACCCAGCGGUACUUUAAUUUACUGAUGGAGCAUCGCAGAAUUAUUCUGUCGGGACCCAGUGGCACAGGAAAGACCUAUUUAGCUAACAGGCUGGCUGAAUAUAUUAUAACUAAAUCUGGCAGAAAAAAAACUGAGGAUGCAAUUGCAACUUUUAACGUAGAUCACAAGUCAAGCAAGGAUCUGAGACAAUACCUGGCAAACCUAGCUGAGCAAUGCAGUGCUGACAACAAUGGUGCUGACCUCCCUGUGGUCAUAAUUCUUGAUAACCUCCACCACAUCAGUUCACUAAGUGACAUCUUCAAUGGUUUCCUCAACUGUAAAUAUAAUAAAUGUCCCUAUAUUAUUGGAACCAUGAACCAGGGAGUUUCUGCUUCACCAAAUCUGGAGCUGCAUCACAAUUUCAGGUGGGUGCUGUGUGCUAAUCAUACAGAGCCUGUUAAAGGUUUCUUGGGCAGAUACCUGAGAAGGAAACUGAUUGAGACUGAAAUAGAAAAGAACAUACGCAAUAAUGAUCUCAUCAAAAUCAUUGACUGGAUCCCCAAAACAUGGCAUCAUCUCAACAGCUUCCUAGAAACACACAGCUCUUCAGAUGUAACCAUUGGUCCCCGCCUCUUCCUCCCUUGCCCUAUGGAUGUUGAUGGCUCCCGAGUGUGGUUCACAGACCUCUGGAACUAUUCCCUGGUGCCAUAUCUUCUGGAAGCUGUGAGAGAAGGGCUUCAGAUGUACGGUAAGAGGGCACCCUGGGAAGAUCCCUCCAAGUGGGUAGCUGACACCUAUCCAUGGAGUUCUGCAUCUCUACAGCAUGAGUGGCCAUCAUUACUUCAGUUAAGACCAGAAGAUGUUGGUUAUGAAGGUUAUGCAUCAGCAAAGGAAGGAACAACCUCAAAGCAUGUUCCACAGACAGAUACAGAGGGGGAUCCCUUGAUGAACAUGCUAAUGAGGCUUCAAGAGGCAGCCAACUAUUCGAGCGCACAAAGCUGUGACAGUGAUAGCACCAGCCACCAUGACGACAUUUUGGAUUCAUCCCUUGAAUCAACUCUCUGAAAGGGACAAACCUUAGUGGAGGAUUAUGGUAAAAUAUGUUUCCACUAGACCACUGCCAGUAUUAAAGCAGCACGCCGAGGUCCCUGAGCGAGAAUGGUGUGUUGUAGGUAGGCAGGAGACCUAACUGCAAAGUCAGGAAGAAAAAUUGAAGUGGAAAGCUUGAAUAGUUUAAUUUCAAGGCAUUUCAAUACCUAUGGAGCCAAGUGAGACUCCAUUUGUCAACUGGAAAGGGCCCUAGACCAAGGGCAUCUAAGCAGAUUGCACACGUGUUAGCCAAACUGGAAUAUUUUUUUUCCCUUUUCCUCUUUCUCUCUCUCUGUCUGUCUCUCUGUCUCUGUUUCUCUGCACAAGUUUACAGUGCAACUUCUGGUUUGUUUUUUUUUUUUUCCUUUAGUUUACCCUGAGGUGCUGCAUGAACAAUGCGGUCUUCUCAUUCUCUUCUAACCUCUGUUGUGCCACAUGGUGCUGGUCACAGGACUGCAGUGGUGUUUGUGUUUUACGCUACUGCCCAUUCCAAAACAAGUCAAAGAUGAUGAUAGUAACUCAGAAAGCACAAACAGUAUUGUGCAAUCACCAGAAAACAUGACUGUGAUAUGCUGGAUAAGUGCCAAUUUAAUUCUAACUGCCAUGGUCACGGUGAUGCUCUCCAUCAAGUUUUUAGUACACAAGUCACAGUUUUUAUAAAGUUGUUUUUACCACAAAGGUCUUUUUUAACCACCUGCCCACUCCUUAACAACAGUUUUAUACCAAUUAUUAACCAACACUGAUUAAAGGCUUUUUAGGGCUUCAUUUGUUUGAGCCUUUUCAGUGAAAGAAGGAACAUUUCUUAUGGUGCUGUCUCACUGCCUUAAAACAGAUUUCUAGAACAGUUUUACAGUUGGUUUAAUUCCUAAACCAUUGGUAAUUAACACUGUUUUUUUCUUCAUUUACUAAUGGGAAAAUGUCAGUUAACACAGUAGCCUCAUAUCUGUAUAUCAUGAUUUUUUAAAGUAACGGAUAGGAGAAAGAACAGUUGCUAUAUAAUAUUUUUAUCUUGUGAAUAGAUUGCUCUGCCUACCCUCAGAAAUACACAAGGAACCCAAACCCACUUCCACUGCCACCUAAAUGCUGAGAAAAUCGGCUCAAAUCCAUUUGGUCCCAUGGAAUGGAAUUUUUGGAGGAUAGAUGUUUUGAAUUCUUAUCCAGCAGAGCUGGAUGCACUUGAUGCAGCAUGAGCACAAAUAUAUGUGUUUUUUUCCUUUUUCUAGUUUUAGCAUGUUGUUUUGAUUGCUAUUGUUGUACAUGAAGAAUUCAUCAUAAAAGAACACUGAAGCAGUGAUGUCCACUGUGGAAGAGGAAGAGUUUAUACUGUAAAAGUGGGUUGGUUUUGCACAGUCUACUGGGUGGGUAUUGUAAAUAUUUAAAAAAAAAAAAUAAUUAAAAAAGCCUUGCACAAAUCAAAUCGAAAACAAACAAGCAAACAAAAUUGUAUUUUAUUCUGUUGGUGUUAAGAGAUGUUUCACUUGCUGAGAUUUCCUGUAUGUUGCGAACAAAUACAGAAUGCAAACCUUAAAA